UCGGUCCUUCUCACACCACACCACACCACACCGAACCAAACCAUUGUGAUAUUUCAUUGCAUCGCCGAAAGUGUUACACAGCAUACCGCAUACACGAUGACGAGCCCAACGCUCGCGCGCAAGGCCAAGCUCAAGAACCAUCUCGUCACCGCGAAGGCCAAGCUCAGGCAGCACGUCACCCUCCGCCGCAUCGUCCUCGUCACCGCCACCUCCGCCGCGGGCUUCAUCCUCCUCCUCACCGUCCGAACCCUCUCCGCAUCGCACGCAAGAUCACCGGGCGCCGCCGCGUCCACCACCUCCCCGCCCGAGUCCGUACGGCGCAACACGCAGCAGCAGCAGCAGGGCGGGUGCGCGAAGCUGCCUGGGCCCGUCGGCGAGGCGCUGGUCCACUACGCGACCACCAACGCGACACUGCGGCAGACGGCGCCUGAGGUCGCGGUGACCGCGCGCUUGCUGGCGCAGCGCGCGCCGUGCAACCUCCUGGUGUUCGGCGGCCUCGGCCCCGACAGCGCGCUCUGGGCGGCCCUCAACCACGGCGGACGCACCGCCUUCCUCGAGGAGGACGCCGCCCUGAUCGCCGAAGUUGGCGCUCGCCACCCUGGCCUCGGCCUCGAGUCCCACCAGGUCGCCUACCAGACCACGCUCGCAGACGCCGACGAGCUCCUCGGCCUCCGCGGCUCCCCGGACUGCACCGCCUCCCCACCCAAGGGUCGUCCACUCUCGCCGGACAACUUCGAGGGAUCCCCAUGCAAGCUCGCCAUGCGUGGGCUGCCGGCAGCGUUCUAUGAGACGGAGUGGGACGUGAUCAUCGUAGACGCGCCCACCGGGUGGGUGCCGGAAGCGCCGGGGAGGAUUGGCGGCGCGAUAUACAUGGCCGGGAUGGCGGCGCGGGCGCGGCGGCCGGGGAAUGGCGAGACUGACGUGUUGGUGCACGACGUGGACAUGCCGGUGGAGGACAGCUUCUCCAGGGCGUUCCUGUGCGCGGGCUACCUCGAGGAGGAGGUCGGCAGGCUCAGGCGCUUCGCCAUCCCGAGCCACAGAGAAAAGGAAGGCAUGCCAUUUUGCCCUUGAGAGCAAAACAUAAGCAUGUACAACUACAAAAAUCUACGUUGCUAGUUAUCUAUCUUUAAGCACAUUCAAAAAAUCUCAUGUGACGUUGCAAUGGAUCAAGCAAUGUAGUAGUACCACCCACCGAGGUAGCGGCAACUCGCAACAGCCAGGUAGAGAGUCACCAACUUCUUCCUAUGCACCAACCUCACCAACUCCUCCAACAACAAUCGACUCAUGAACUAACCACCUUUCGUUAGCAGGAUCAUACCUACAGCCACCUUUUAUUUCCAAGAUACGGGGCAUAUGUCAUACGGGAGAUGUAGUCUGAUCUGGGCAUAUGUCAUAGGUUCAGUUUGUGCAUUUUCCUGUUAAUAUUACGGAAACUUAUAUAACUGAGGCGGUUGUGGUCUCAUCAUGGUGGGCACGCCGCGCUGCACGACGAUCUGCCAUGGCCAGGCAGGCGCGCCGUUGGUCAGGGUAGGCGCGGCCGACGGCUCCGCCUGGGGCAUGUCAUGGUGGGCUGUCGGAAAGGCGCGACGGCUAUGCGACGGCAUCUACUCGCGUGCUGGCUUGGGAGCCUUAGAUUGGGGCGGCUCCCGGUGUGUCGCCUCUGGAGGUGGCCUCCCGGGGUCGGCGACGGCGCAAUUGCAUUCUUCAACUGUAAGACGGCACGGAGGCGGCCACUUGUAUGGUGGUGUGGUGCAUGCUAUGGUGGUUUGGGCCGCGAUUGUUUGGUGCAGCUACGUCCUGGAGGUGGUCGAGCGGCGCGGAUGCACGUUGGCUGGAAUGCCCGAUCUAGGCUAGGUUGGCUGCGGUCAGACCAAGCUUUGGCAUGGAUGCAUUGUGCAUUCGUGGUCGAUGUGGGGCUCUAACUGCGGUGGUGGCGAGCAAUGGUCAGUGGACGUCAUGGUGGUAGCUGCACUUCGGUGCUAGUCAUUUCCUUGGUGUUGUACUGGCUUGACCGGCAUGCUUUUGGAUUCAGUGGUCAUGGUAUGCAGUUGCCGGUGGUCUACUCUGGAAAUGGUGGAGCCUCUUCCCCGGGGCUCCCUGAGGUGCAGGCGGGCAAAGGGCUCUAGGUGAAAGCCUUGUUUUCAAUGCGGAACGGUUACCGUCGAUGAUGGCGCACUGGCGCCUUUUUCUUUGGAGUCAACGUCGAAGGGGUUCCUUCUUCUCUACUAGGUUGUGGUUGAUCGUAUUUUGGGUUGUAGCAGUAGAUGUUGGUGUGGCCAGACCCUUCGCCAAGUUUCGACGAUGCGUGUUGAGCUAUUUUCGGGCGAAAGAUUUAUUAAUCGAAGGAGUCAAUGUCGGCGAUGACGACAUUUGAGGGCACCGUGUUAUUCAAGGCGUCUCUGAAGAGCUCGUCCACUUCUCACUGGGUAGCGGACAAUAGGCAGUGGAGUUUGAGUUGGCCGGUUCUGGUUUGGUCGAGGUUUUCGCUUGAUUGUCCCUUAGUCAAUCAAGCAAUCGUGGGUUUUUGGCCUAGUUUUUCUUAUAAACCAGGUCAACUCUAUUCUUCUUUAUAAUUUUUUUGGAGCACCCUGCCCUCUUGACGAGGUUCUGUCAAAAAAACAUGUGUUAUCAUGAUGGGAUACUGCACUACAUUGCUUUAUCAUGAGAAAUGGUCAUUUUCUCUUUUCAA